CAGUGCGGCGAUCGGUGGUCCGCUGUGUUCCUCGGACACAGCGGAUCACCAAUCAACGGAAAGAGCCGAAGAUGUCGGAUCGGUCAUGUGAUCAGCUGUGUCCAAUCACAGCUGAUCUCAUGGGACAUGUACACUGAUCAUCAGGGCACUGAUGAUCAGUGUGCCCUGAUAAUCAGUGUAGCCCCAGCAGUGCCACCUGUCAGUGCCCAUCAAUGGCAGUUGUCAGUGCUAAUCAAUGCCACCUGCCAGUGCCACAUCAAUGCCACAUAUCAGUGCCCAUCUGAGCUGCCUUUGAGUGUCACCUAUCAGUGCCAGUCAGUGCCACCUAUCAGCGCUGCCAAUCAGUGCCACCUAUAAGUUCCAGUCAGUGCUGCCUAUCAGUGUCAGUGCUACCUAUCAGUGUCCAUCAGUGCUGCCUAUCAGUGCCGCCUAACAGUGCCAGUCAGUGCUGCCUAUCAGUGCCAGUCAGUGCCACCUGUCAGUGCCGCCUAUCAGUG